AUGGGAGUUGGUUUAACCAUAAUAGAACCGCGGCCAGUACAGGCAUUUUCACUAAUACCAGAUAUAUCUAUAUUUCCUGCUGUCAGCUUGGAAGUGAUGGAUUCCGCAACUGCCAUAUCAUGGGUUAUUAGAGUCGUUAUGGUCAUUAUUUUUAUGUUACUUAUGUCAAUGCUGAUAUCAACACAAUGGUUCCGUACAAUUAAGUUUUCAACGCAUUAUGGAAGAUAUUCGACGACUGAAACACCAUAUUAUCUAUAUUUAAUUGAACUUAACAUACCAAACGAAACCGCGUUUUUCAGAUACAAAAGUAUCGAAAAUAUUUUUAUAAAACUUCCAAUAACAAGUAUGCCUAUGAGUCGUGUGUACGAAGUCAGAUGUAAAAAUCCUGUUGUAUAUUGGUAUACAAAAACAGUCAACAAAAAUAAAUUGCUUGUAUUAUCUGAUACUUUGCAUUUGAUUGGCUAUGAUAAGGAUGGUCAAAGAGUAAGGGUUCGAAACCAAAAAAUAAGUAUUCCACUUUCUGACAUUGAAUGGACAUCAAAGCCAAAGCCGGACGCUCUUCAAAUUGAAUGUAAUUAUGGAUGGUGUUACGUUAACAUAGUAAAAGGUUAUCAUGUAUCAAGUCAAUUGGCGGAAGUAAAUAGAGACCACAUACCACUGCGAUUAAUUGACUCAGACAACGAUGAUACUAACAAAACCUUGUUGCCCAAAUUAGCUCUAAGAGAUUAUAGAACCAAAACACUCGUAUUACUAUGGAAGGAGAGUUUUCAAGAUAAAUUUCAUCAAACCGAGCCGUCAGCUCUGUAUGACGACUUGAACUCGGUAAGCUUUGGCGAGACACAGGAAACACAAGGACAAAAUCCUGUACCUCCACCGCCUUCAUUGAGUUCUCGCGUCAGAACACAAUUACCAAUACUUAAUCCUAAAUCAUAUAAUGGUACUACAAACCCGACUAUUUGGCUUAAUCACUAUGACUUAGUGGCUGACGCUAACAUGUGGGACGAUACUAUAAAGUUGAAAAGAGUUAUUGGGUCGUUAGAGGGUGCUGCCCACUUAUGGUAUCAGAAUCAGCGUAUCAUGAAUAAGAUCAACAAUUGGCAACAGUUUAGAACAAAUCUAAUUAAUAAUUUUACUAAUACAAUGCACAAAAUUCUGGUGACUCAAGAAAUAUUUGAUGCAACCCAGAAAAACUCCUUUGAUGAAUAUUGGGAAGAAAAGUUUGGUGUAAUUAAACUAACCAACCCGGGAAUGACAGACACUGAGAUAAUUUCUAAUAUGUUGAAUGGUAUGGUAGGAGAUUUGAAAGACGAAGUGACGGACAAAAUGAUUACUAACCCAUGUGAGACGGUCGAAGAAUUUAAAGGACUUGUAAAACGAAUUUGUGAUGUCAGACUUUAUCAACGAAAAGAAGCGGGUAAACGAAGAGUUCGAUUCAAUUAUAAUCCUGUGGAUAACCGCCCGAAAGAACAAAACGCAUUUCAACAACAACAAUCACGGGAAAUGCAGCAAAUGCAAGAAAAUAUUAGAUACAUGAAACGUUUAAUGUUGAGAGGAAAUCAAUUUGCGCCCAAAGAGCCUGUGGAAAUAUCGGAGACUAAAGAGGACACUAAAGAAGAAAAGCGACGCUCAGACACUAAUUGGACUAAAACAGUAAAAUGUUACAAAUGUAACAAAAUAGGCCAUAUUGCCAGAGAUUGUCGUGUUAAUAACAACAAUAAGGGAAACGGGUUAAAAGAACAGCCAAAAGAAAGGAAAGGCAAAGAAAUAUUACUAUUAAAUAACAAACGCUAUGAAUUAGGACAGUACGUUAAAUUGAAUGUUGAAGUCGACAAUGAGAUUUACAUUCAAGAUUUCUACAUAUUCGAUGAAAUCAAAUAUUCAGCACUUCUGGGUCUUGAUUUUUGCAGAAAAUCAAAAUUAAAGCUAGACUUUGGAAAUGAAGAUCAAAUCGAUUGGAUAAACUCAGAUUUUAUAAUACAGGAACCAGACUCAACCCUAGAAGUAAGGUUACGUCAAGAUUAUCACAUUCCAAAUGAAACAAUGACUAAUGCUAAAUGUGAGAUUGACACAAGUAAUCUACCACCUAAUACACAAUUUGGUUUCCUUAAACCAGUUAAGAGACUGUAUGACGAUUAUCAGAUUGUAAUACAAGAAACACUUAUUGAUUUACAAAAACCAAUAGAUGUCAUUUUAUACAAUUCGUCAAAAGCUAAUAAAUACUUGUGUAAAAAUUUCAAAAUAGCCUUAAUGUACCUAAUAUCAUACCCUCAAUACGGAUGCGAAGAGAAUUAUAUGAUUGAAAGCGUAGAUGAUAAUAAAAAACAGUUUCAUAUCCUUACUACUGAUAAUUACAAGAGACAAAAAAUGUUUAGAUUGCUUGAAAAGAAUAGAGAUCUUUUUGGAGAAUCUGUAUUACAAUUAGGUAAAGCUGUUGAUGUUGAACACGAAAUUAAGCUAACAACUGAAGAACCAGUACGUCUACGCGCUUAUAGAAAUUCACCAAAAGAAAAAGAAAUAAUACGACAACAAGUAAAAGAAAUGUUGGAUGCAAAUGUUAUCGAGGAAAGUAAAUCACCAUAUAGUUUUCCUGUAGUAUUGGUUAAAAAGAAAAACGGGAAAAUUAGAUUUUGUGUCGACUACAGAAAACUAAAUUCUAUUACAAUCAAAGAUAGACAUCCUUUACCAUUGAUUAACGACGCUCUCGCAGCUCUUGAAGGAAGUAAAUACUUUACUGUUAUGGACCUAUUAAGUGGAUAUUGGAAUAUUCAUGUAAAAGUAUCAGAUAGACCGAAGACAGCAUUUAUAACACCUGAUGGCUUAUAUCAGUUUAAAGUGAUGCCGUUUGGUCUUACCAAUGCACCGGCGACAUUUCAACGAUAUAUGCAAAAAGUUUUAAGAAAUGUAUUGUAUCAAUUUGUCGUAGUAUAUUUGGAUGACAUAAUAAUAUUCUCCAAUACAUUUGAUGAACAUCUACGACACGUGGAAAGCGUCUUGAAAUUAAUUAGAGAAUAUGAUCUACGACUAGGCAUUGAAAAAUGUGAAUUUCUUUGCAAAGAAGUAAAAUAUUUAGGACAUAUAGUUUCAUCGGAUGGAAUAAAGCCAGAUGAAGACAAAAUAAAAUCAGUUAAAGCAUUCCCGAUACCUAAGAAAGUUAGAGAUGUACAAAGCUUUCUUGGACUAGCAAAUUACUAUAGAGUGUUUGUACAAGAUUAUGCUUUUGUAGCCGAACCAUUAACAAACCUGUUGCGCAAAGAUGUUAAAUUUAACUGGGAUAUUAAAUGUCAAAAAGCGUUUGAUGAACUUAAAAAUAGAUUAAUUACAGCUCCAAUACUGGCACAAUAUCAAGAAGGUGCCCCUAUUGAAAUAUUCACUGAUGCUUGUGGCUAUGGCAUGUCAGCAAUACUAGGACAAAUUCAAAAUGGUAAACAUGUCGUCAUCAGUUACAACAGUAAAAUGUUUAAUAGUGCACAACUAAACUAUGGUAUCACAGAAAAAGAAUGUUUAGCUAUAGUAUGGGCUGUUGAAAGGUAUCGACAUUACAUAUAUGGCGAACAUUUUGUGGUAUAUAGUGACCAUAAUCCACUACAAUAUAUUAGAAAUUUGAAAAACCCAAACAGAAGAUUAAUGCAUUGGAGAACAAUACUCGAAGAAUAUGACUUUGAAGUGAAAUAUAAGAAAGGAAAAUUACAUAACAAUGCUGACGCAUUAUCAAGAUAUCCAUACGAAAAACCAGACGAUUGGGAACCAGUAAUACCAGUACUAAUAAAUCCUACAAUAAACAUAAUAGAGAAACAAGAUAGUGAUAAAUGGUGUAAAGAAUUAAAAGAGAAAAUAAAAAAUAAUCAACAAAGUAAAAGCUUAAGCAAAUUCAUUAUUGAAAAUGAAAUUCUAUAUAGGAUAAGUUAUGAUGAUAAUAGAAAUAGGAGGCUACAGUUAUGCCUUCCUAAAGAAUUAAGACGACAAAUCCUACAAGAUUUACAUGACAAUGAGUUGUCCGGAGCUCACUUAGGAUUUGAAAAGACAUAUGGAAAAAUCAAAGAGAGAUUUUUCUGGCCUCACUGUGAAAAGUCAAUCAGAAAAUACGUAAACAACUGCGAGUCAUGUCAGUUGAAUAAAGUCGACAAUAAACUGGAGAAAGGAAUGCUGCAGCCUAUCGAUGCCAAUGAACCAUUUGAAAUUGUCGGAGUAGACAUACUUGGGCCUCUCUCUCCGACGUCAAAAGGCAGUAAAUACAUUAUAAUAAUGAUUGACUUAUUUACAAAAUGGAUGGAGACAAAGGCAGUGAGGAAUGUACAAGCCAUUACCAUAGCGAAAUGGUUUGUAGAUGAAGUAUUGGCAAGACACGGCGCCAUUAAAAAAGUGUUAACAGAUAAUGCCAGAUACUUUAUAUCAGACUUUAUGGAAGAAGUCUUUAAGUUGACAGCCUCCAAACAUGUGAAAACGACACCAUAUAGUCCACAAUCGAAUGGAACAGCAGAAAAAGCAUGUGGGACUGUAGCUAUGAUGCUUAAACAUUAUGUUCAAGAUAAUGUUACCAAUUGGGACCAGUACUUACCCAAAGUAACAUUCUCGUAUAACGUUAGUCAUCAUAAAGCUACCAAAGUUUCUCCGUUUUUCUUACUAUAUGGAAGAGAACCAAAAGUACCAAUUGACGUAUCUUAUGAUCUGCCGCGUGACUUUGCAUUUGGCACUAAUUAUUUAAAAUAUAUGGAGGAGACAAGAAGAUUGGUUCAUAUGAGAAUUAUAGAGGCUCAUAAUGAUGGUAAAUUCCGUUAUGAUGCUAAACAUCGCGAUGUAGUAUUUGAGGAGGGUGACUUGGUGUCACUACAUAUUCCUCACAGAGAGAUUGGUCUUAGUACGAAAUUACUAAGCCAAUAUAUUGGCCCUUAUAAGAUAAUUACGCGGCACAGUCCACUUGUAUACACUGUCCAAAGUGUACAUAAUCCAAGGAAAAAGUUUAAGAAAGUACAUAUAAGACGAUUAAGAAAAUGGAACAAUGAAACAAUUCCUGAAUUGGACGGCAUUGAUGAAGUAGAUAGUAACAAUGCUAAACAUAUUACUACACAAAAUGACAAUGAAAAUCAACUGGACGAUGAAAUAGAUGAUAACACGGAAAAAGAAACAAAGCACAAUGAUGAUCAGAAAACGGACAAUGGUUAA